AUGGACGUCUUAAUUGAUGUCAUGUCAACCAAUGUUGUCGCUACCAAUCAUGGAAGUACCAUUAUCAAUUCAUUGCAGAUAUCACACCCGGUAGGACAAUUAAUUACCAACUCGGUUAAGAAAUUUUACGAUAAAACAGGUGAUGGCUCAACCUCAUUUGUAUUGAUAAUGGCAUCGAUGAUGAGACAGGCGACUUGUCUAACUGACUUCAAUAAAAACUCUGUCAUUGAGUCCCUUAAUGGCAUUAUUACCACAGCUAUGAAUGGAAAGUUUGGAUCCUUAGCUGUAGAAAAACUGACGAAAAUUACCGUCGAGUUAAUUCUGCGACAUGCAUGUAAUUUAUCUACUUGUGAAGCUUUAAAUAAGUUUACUUGCAUAGCAUUUAAAUUAGACCAAAGUAUAAGACAAGGAGAACAUACAUCUCUUAGCUUCAGUAGAUCUUCACAAGUAGAUGGUGCUGUUGAAUAUCAGCAGAGCCGAAUUAAGCGGUUUCUUAGCAAACUGCAAGAUGAAAAUGUCAAAUUAAUUAUUAGUACAGAGAGUGUAACUGAUGUUGCUGUAUAUCUUUGCAAUCGAGCUGGAAUUAUUAUCUUAGCAAAUGUAGCUGAGGAAGAAGCCAAUCGAAUAGGAUAUUACUGUAACCUUGGCAUCAUUUAUGAAGUCGACAUGGAGGAAACGCUAAUAUCGAAAUUCACUGGUAUUACCUCUUGCCAAUUUAUUACCAAGAGCACGCAACGGUAUAUUCAAUUUAUUCCACAACUUGCGGAAUCAAACAGGAUGUAUCAUCUUUUGCUUUGCGGACUAGCCAAAGAACUAUGCCAUCAGUAUCGAGCUGCAAUCCAUAAUAGUCUAAAAUGUGUACUGAUGUGGCUAGAUCCACCGUAUUGCUUGCGCACGUACCAACCAUGUACCGUACCUGGUGGAGGUGCUACAGAAUUUGCUCUCGCUAGAGCUCUGAAGGUGUUGCCGUCUAACGAUAGCAAUGAUCCAGUUUAUCGAAGUGCUUGUCAAAUUCUUAGCGAGGAAAUAGAUUCCGAAUCAAGUGCACUAGGCAGUCAUAAUUGGAAAGGUAUUAAUCCAUAUACAGGCCAUUUUGGCAGUAGCCACAAUGUUAUUGAACCAAUGUAUAUUAGAUACUACAGUGUCCGACAAUGCUUACAAGUUAUCACUCAGAUUCUAAAAAUAGAUAAAGUGAUUUCUGCCAUAGGCUGCGGAAAUGGACGAAAUAAGGCAGACGAACAAGAUAAUUAA